UGUUCUAUAGGAGAGAUGUGCCGGCCUUAGCCCCUGGAUCUGUAACGAGGGAUUGUAUUGACGGUGGGUGCCCUGCUCACCCAUCUACAUAUAGUGGAGGGACACCCGCAGGUAUGUGGGGAAGGAUGAUCACGGAUUACGGAUCUGGAUACAACAGUUACCCCUCAGGCUCUGAUUAUCCAUCCACUGGGUGGCUUCCUGGAACAGAUGCCCUCUGGCAUACUUCAACAGCUCCAUCCACUGGUAGAAGUAACCACGUACGGCGACUUAGCAUCACUUCUGACAGUGGAGAUACUGGAAUAGGCACCUCCUGCUCCGACAGCCUGGAAGAUCAUUCUACAUCCAGUGCCACAUCUAUGUUCAAACCAGUGAACUCCAUGGUCUGCCUUCCAACUGCGCAUGUGAUUCCAUCUACAGCCAGGUCUUCACUGCCCAGGCACAGGGACGAGAUGUUGGACACAACACAUUGGGACAGUAGCUACUCUUUGCUUGGUGGCAACAGAAACUAUGGCUUAUCUGAAACUCCCCUAGAUAUGAAAGAUUCAAGACCCAUGAAGAAAUGGUCAUCACUAUCUAAGUUGAGUUCAGCGGAUUCUCUAAGUCAAGAUGGCCGUGUUGACAAAUCUAGUUCCCGGCAUAGCCUUGAACGUUUAGGAAGAGACAGCGCCAUGUCUCAGCAGUCCCGUGGGCACAGGCCAGCUUGCUUACACCACAGUAUAGAGGCGUUGAAGCUGGAUGAUAAGGAUCUGGACAAGAAGCAAAUUUUAGGCAUUGAUUGUAAAUAUAAAUAUGACAGUUGUAGCAGCAAUGACUUUACUAGCUCUGCUAGCAGGCGACACACCUUGGACAUGACCUAUAGUGCCUUACCUGAAAGCAAACCAUCUCCUGUGAGUGAUGUUUAUGGACAGAAAUGCAGCCACUUUGGAUACCAAGGUGGAGUUCCACUUCAGUCUUCUGUGAGGACUCAGAUGUGGCUUACAGAACAACUCCACGCUAAUUCCCAAGACCGCAGGACAGCUGAGGGAACUGGUGGUUUGUCAUCUUGGCACCCAUUAGAACAUCUCCAUUCAGAUACAACAGAGCACAUUCAGGUUGGGAGUUCCUCGUCCCGUCCGGUGUAUUCUGCCAUGCCCCAAAGUCAAGAUCUUGCCAAGUGGGAAUCCCUGAUGAAAAUCAAAGAAGGCUUAUUGAGACAGAAAGAGAUUGUAAUUGACAGUUGUGGACCUGGCUCUCCUACGCAGUCAGUGCUCAGUGACUCCUGCAGGGAAGAUCAACAGAAGCAACAGAUCUGUCACCUGCAGCAUGCAAUCAGAAGCAAUGAACUGCGUACCCACCAGGUAAUUGGGAAUUCUGUGACCAAUGGAGAAGGUGGAUACUUGCAUGGUCUUAAGGGUUCACUUUGUGAAAGCAAAUCUCUUCAGAAGACUACUCCAGACAGAACAAAGCCUCUUCAAAGAGACAGAGAAGACCUUGAAAAUAAACUUGCAUAUGAUAGUGAGUUUUCUCAACUUGGGGAAGUCCUGAAGCAGAGUGCCGGCAAAUCCAGUGAAGACAUCAAGAAGUUGGAAGAGAAGAUCAGAACUAGAGACAAGUACAUCAGCAGCCUAAGAAAGAAAUGCCAGAAAGAGAAUGAACAGAACCGGGAGAAGCAGAGGCGGAUUGAAACCUUGGAGAAAUAUCUUGCUGAUCUCCCUACACUUGAUGAUGUGCAUAAGCAGACUGAAAGGCUGCAGGUGUUGGAAGAUGAGAACAAGCAGCUCAAGGAAACCACUAAAAGCCUGGAGAAGUUUCUCAGUGAUACGAGGGCACAAUGUCAAGAAAAGGAAGCUGAAACAGAGCGUCAGAAGCAGAGAGAGAAGGAACUGGUGCUUACUGUGCAGAGUUUACAGCAAAAAGUCGAAAAGUGUCUAGAGGAUGGAGUUCGACUUCCAAUGCUGGAUACAAAGCAGCUCCAGAGUGAAAAUGAUCAUCUCAGAGAGCAGAUAGAACGUACCAAUAAGGUCAUAGACAAUCAACAGAAUCAGAUUGAGAACAUGGCUGCAGAAAUCCAGUGUUUAAAAGAGAAACUCUUGCAAGAGCAAUCCUGUGCACUGGGGCCUAAGAAGAGCACUGCGUGUGCUGGACAGCUGGAGGAGCUUUUCCUUGAAAACCAAAAGCUAAAGGAAGAAAACUCGCGUAUGACAAGGCAGGUUGAGGAAUUAUGGACGUCCCGCCAGCCACUCUCUGAGAAGGUUCCCGUGGCCGAUCAGCUGUUUAAAGAGAUGUCCCACUGUUUGUUUGACCUGAAGGCCCUCUUUAGUAUAUUGAAUCAACGGGUUCAAGGGAAGGAGCCUAAUCUCUCCCUUCUCCUGGGUAUUGGCUCUCUUAACUGUUCAUCUGAGGAAACUGAAGCUUGCCACAGCACAGAAAGCAUUGCUAAGAAACUUUCAGAAGCCCGUCAGCUACGCAAGGACAUAGAUGAUCUAAGGACCACAUUAUCAGACUGCUAUGCUCAGGACAUGGGAGACAAUUGUAUUACCCAGUGAUAAACGUGGACUUCAGACUGCCUUCAACAUUAAAUGCUGCUUUGUUCAAGUAACUUGCAUUUAUACUCGGGAGCCAUAAUUGAACACAUUUACUAUGCACAACUGGGGAGGCAGAAGUGACACACUCAGACACAUCUGCAAAAUCUCAACACAUCUCUCCAGUACAGAAAACACACAGAAUUGUCUGCUCUGUUCCUUUUUAAAAAAAAGUUUCACAAACUACUGAAUGUUUGCUUGCGCUGUGAAUGUAGCUAUGGGUUUCUCCAAAAAUCCAUUUGAAUCCAGGAGGACAUGCUAGGGUAACAUUAUCGUCUCAGAUAGCAGGGCCUGUACUUGCAAAUUAUAUGUCAAUCAUCUGUUUAAAUUGAACCAAGUCCAUGCAGGGAAAUUUCUGAUUAAGAGUUUAUGUAAAAAAAAAAAAACCCUGCUGAUUACAGGGCAGGUUUGAAAUCUAAUAUUGGUUUACCGUCAACUGUAGUGCCAUUAUGAGAAGAUUUUAUAACAAAAUGUUUGAGAUCAUUGCUCAGAAUGAAUUAAGCCAGGGAUAAAAAAAAAAUGUCAUACAGUUGAUUUUGUUAUUGGCAUCUGUUUGUUUAUUUUUGGGGUGGGGUUGAUGAACCAUCUACCUGGCUUUCUUCAUGUCCUUCUGUUCUGAUCUUCCAGAUCCAAAACAGGUUGGACCUGUAAUCAAUAUCUCACCAUUAACUGUAUUUCAAUGGACAUUAUUGUGGCAGUCACUGCUGCAGCCUUAAUUCUUUACAAUUUGAGUAUGGGUGCUUACAGGUGGAGUCCUUUCUUCCUCAGCACUCCCUCUGGAUAUAUAUCUUAUAGUGAAGCUAUUAUUCAGUCAAAUCCAAAGAUGGCAAAGUUGCUACAGACUUGAGUGCCAUCCUCUUGCUUAAUAACAGUUGCCAUAUUUGCAUAUAAUGGCCAAAUAAAAGCUCCAUUCAAAUAUAGCCAAGCUGAGUGUUAAGGAAUCAUUUCACCAACUAUAUUUUGGCUGGAAGGUUCAUAUGCCAUAUAUUGCCAGUUAUUUUAUUAGUUAAAAUUUUAAAUAUGAGAGGACUCAUCAAUGCACCAUUUUUGCAAUAAAACCAAACACAAUAAACCAAUAAAAUCUG